AUGGCUGCAGUGAGCGAUGACGAGUACAAUCUUGCCUUUUUGGACGAGGAGAAUAUUGAUCUUGACGAAACUGACGCGGCAUCAACUCGAGUUAUUCAACUUGAUAGAGAUUCGGAAAUCCCAACACGAUAUUUGAUUCGAAAGAUAUUUUCUCCACAGUUAGAGCCUCCUUAUCACUACGAUCCUGCUGUAGAAACAUCCCAGAGGAAAAAGAAGGUAAAAGUUCAGCUUUUGUUUAUUAAUUAUUGUUCUUCAAAGCGACACAUUGACAAUUGAAAACCAAAAGAUGUCUGUUCGUUUUAUGAACAUAUGUGCCCCGAGAGAUGUGAUUUCCCGUUAUCAGAGGUAAAGGGUUAACGCUGCCAGUGUUUAGUAGACAAUAGAAUGACAGGUAAUAUAACUUAAAGAGUGAACUAGUACAAAAGUUUGCAGCUUUUCGGCCGGUAGCUUUCAUAACACGAUUUACGCGCCAUUUAAGCUUAUCUUUCACGGAAAAUUGUUACAGUAGCUGCUUAUCAUUCUUUGCAAUUAUAAAUUUCAGCGUAUUUUAGACUGCAUAUUAUGGACAUAAAGGGAAGCCUCUUUCACUCCACAAAAUCGUGCUUUGGGGAAAUAAAGUCACUUUCUGUCAUUUUCCUAAAGGAAAUUAACUCCUGCAGAAUGUUUUAUCGUGGCAAACUUUGACAAGUUUGUCGGUUUAUCUAAAAAUGAUCACUUGCAGCGUCAAUUUGUUCUCCUGCGAUUGGUCAGAAUCAUUUUCGAACGUAUGCAUUUUGUACUUUUACUGGGUUUUGUUUUAUCAAAUUAAUUCUUACUUGACAUUUGUAAGAACUGCAUUGUCUUUGAUUGACAGCUUGCGUUGUUUGAUAAUGUUUUCGUGACAUCCGCAUGCACGCAGACAUUUAAUCUGCUAAAUGACAGUUUUUUAGCCAUAUAGGAAAUACUUAUUCAUAAUUUUCUGAUAAAUGACUUAAAAACGUUCUAGUUGUCAAAACUCAUUAUCAUGAACAUACAUUUCCCGUAUUGGCAAAAAAAACUUUACAUUCAUGUAAAUUAUAAUAAUGUUUCUGUUUCACUGCACAUGCUUCUAAUAACUUUUCCGUUUGUAAGCUUAGUUACUUUUUACUUCUUUUCAUUUUGAUUAUAAUUAUAUUGAGGCGUUGCCAGGAUUAAUAUUGAGCCCAUUUUUGUACCUCAUUUAGAGAAGAGGGGUGUUCCAAUCUUUAGUGAGUAUUUGAUAACAAAUACAAUAUACGUCUUCGAGGGAAACAUCAGGACUCGAGGGAAAACAAAACUAACUGGUUUCUAGAGGGAUCUGACAUUAAGUGUUUUGUUAUAUUUCUAGACUUUCACUUCAACAAAACAAUAACUGGAGCAAAAUGAAACAGUCGACUCGGUACUUAUAAGAACACAACUUGAUUUCAUUCUGAAAACCACGGAAUGAAUGAUUUACAAAGUACUUUCCUUACAUUAUCUGCAUCGUUUUCCUCCACUAGCUGCUGUUUCUCCUCAGGGAUAACUUUGAAAAUUGUUGCUUUUUAGCUUGAGGCUUGAUGUUUGUGUUGUUGUGCCUGUUCAUUCUUGAAAAAGAAAACUGGCAGUGUUUUUCCCGCCUUCUGUCAUGCCACUUUCCAUUAUGCUUUGAUCACGUGCUGUAAUGUAUCCCAAGCAGAGUACAAUUGCUAAAAUGUAUCACAAUCAGGACCAAUUUGAUUUUAGUCAAGGCCAUUGUGACCAAGAAUCAACCAAUGGCAUUCCCUUUUUAGUUGAGUGAAAGUCUAGGAAUAUUAUAGACCUUGUCACAGUUUUGGAAGCCAUCUUGAUGAGUAGGCAUCCAUGUGAGAAAUUACAGUGUUUGUAUGAAAGUCUAAUGUCGAAUACCAAAAAAAUCCAAAAAUAAGCCCCGGGGCUUACAUUUUUCAAAGGCCCUUUUUGAGGGGCCUAUUUUUGGAGCGGUUAUUUUCGGAGAGGCUUAUUUGCGUUUCUAAAUCGAUUGGGCUAGCCUUACUGUUGGAAGGAAAUUUACCGUUUUUGCUUUGUUUACUUUGUAUUUGAGGGCAGUUUCCAAGUACAAGCCUGCGGGGCCUCAUAUUUGGAGGGGUGAUUUAACGGACGGUUUUUUGCAUUACAAGUUUGGGGGUCUUAUAUUAAAAUGGAGGGGCUUGUUUUCAGAAUUUUACAGUAAUUUCCAUAAAACGCCUGUUCUGAAAAAAGUGUAAAUUUUAAACUAACGCUACACAGCAAAAGAUUCUACUAACAAAUGUUUGGUGCUGUACAUUGUACCUGUGCUUAAAUUUCCCCAGACACUUGCUUUAGAUUUUUCAUAUAUUUGUCUGCAAUUUCUCCCGGGAAAUGUUAGUCAGCAGGAAGAGAAAUUUUUAGAGACAAAUGUACGGAAAAUUUAAAAAGUUGUUCUAGCACAUGUAGCUGCAUGUAAUGCCCUCAGGUUUUAUUAAAUGAAUCCUAAGGAUUGAAGCUUUAGUUUCCAAUUCAUAUUUUUUUCAGAACAGGUGUGUUAGCGAAAUUAUGCGACAUUAGAUUUUCAUACAAACACUGUAAAUUUCUCUCACAUUUGCCUACUCGUCAAGAUGGCUUCCAAAACCAUGACAAGAUUUAUACUACAUGUGACAACUAACGUUGUGAAUGCUUUCCAUUUCUGCAAGAACUAUUGUACCCUAAGAAUAUUUCAAUAAAUAAUAAUAUUUUGCUUUUGAACAAAAAGCCAAAAUUGAAGUAAAGUCAUACAUAUCGAGUUCAGUAUAGUACAAACGUACCAAAAAGUUGUGAGCAGGCCAAUGAUAAAUUUCAGGAAAAAAAUCACAAUAGUCUGUUCAAAGGGUAUUAUAAACCAUGAGUUUUUGAUGUGAGUGGUGUGCACAUAAUGCUGCAUCCAUUAGAAGAGCAGAAGACGUGUGUAUUAUACCACAGCAGUUAUGAAAAUUACCAAAAACAAGUCACUUGGGAGGUGUAGUUUUCAUUGGAAACCUUUAGAUUUUAAACUGAGGACCACUGUGUGGACAUGAUUUUAUAAAUACGAAGUAAGAGCAGUAGACACAUGAACCAGAGUUAUUUUGGGCAGAAAAUGUGAUGCAGUAGUUGUCGUCAUUCUUUUGUAUGAGUGUUAGUGAGAAUGUUGAAGUGGCAGAAACAAUCAAAGGUUAGAAGUUUCAUCUUUACUAAUAAGUAAAGCUUCCAAGGUGUAUAUUUUUUGAGAAAACAUAAGAAAAACUUUGAGUUAAAUUAAAUUCUUCUCAUAGUUGUCCUUGUUCUCAAAAAUUUGAAGGUCUUCAGUUGGGAUGCAUUCAAUGCGAGAAUACAGGUAUGCUGUGAGUCAAAUUUAGCUAAUUUUUAGUUUCAUUUUGGUAAUGGUAGGUCCAUAGCACAUGGGGAACUCCCAUUGGAAAGGCAAGAUAUCGGCCCCCUCAUCCUGAUGAUCUUGUUGCUCUUUUGAGUUUUGAAGCUACUUCUAAUUCAAGCAUCUCACAACUUGAUGAGUCCACUGUUAUGAAAAUAACUGAAGUGGUAACAAAGAAAAGUGGUGAUGUAAAACUGGUAGCCCUGCGCUACAGUGGUUUUCAAAUUCUGGUGCUGUUUUCCAGUACUUCUGGUUAUGAAACACUUGGAAAGUGUUUCUUGAAUAAAGAGAUUGAGGAGAUCCAUCAUCUGAAACUCACUGAGAUUCAAGGUAAAAUGUUAUGUGUUAGGCUAUACUCACAUGGUACCGGUCAAAUUUUUGACUGGUCAAAAAAUUCGUACGGUCAGUUGUUCUGUUCACAUGGAAUCCACGCUAACCAUAUGAAAAUUUGAACACCUUGCUGUUCAAAAUUUGAACUCUAAAAUCGAGGUAAAUUUUUGACCGAUAUGGUCGAAAAUUUGAACGGCAAGGUGUUAGCACCGUGACUGGCUGAAUUUUUCUAUGGGAAAGGCAUGGUUGGAUGGAUGUGUGGUUAUUCAGCUCCCAAAAAUAGAGAGUUGCAAAAAUUAACCAUAACGUUAAAACAGAUCUCAUUUUGUGAACAUGGAUUUAAAAAACAAGUUAUGUCAUAUCGACGCAAAAAAUUGAUCGAUUUUACCGAAUUUGCCCAAAAAAAUCCAGCGAAAUCCUGUUUUUAUUGAUUGUUUCUUGGCGAAGUUUCCCCGGAAAUUUUUUUAAGAAUUUGGAAAUUUGACUUUUUGAGAAAUAGGCCGAUUUUUCUGCAAUUUUGACUCUUUUAGUCCAGUGUGAACAGCACAAAAAUAUUGAAUGGUUCCGUGUGAACAAAGUGUCUGCUUAAUUUUUUUAACUGGUCAAAAAAUGGACUGGAACUGCUUGAACAUACAUGUAGCCUUUAAUAUUGUGUAAAUCUUUUUGCCUUUUUUGAGAAAAAUAACCUUGUUUACAUUUGUUAUUGUGUUCAUAACUACACUGUGAUUGACUGUGUAAACUACAUUGUGGAUCAAUGUCUUCUUCCCAGACAUCUCUCACAUGUUUUAACAGCAUAAAACAAUGAUUAGAAUCUUACUACGAAGAUUUCUGUGACCACCAAUGAUUGACCUUUGAUAUUAUUUUUUUUCUAUAAUAAAAUUGUUUGUCUUUGUAUUUGUUUCUUUCUUAUAGAAAAAAAGGAAACAAAUAGAGAGGUACUUAGGUAUUUGGAAAAAUCUGGGAUAAAAAUGUUAGCCCAUAGUAUAGUAUAUGCAGAAAUGAGGACAAAUUGAGUUUUGUAUGAGACAUUUGGUGCCCUUUACAGGAGACUAGGAAGUUUUUUCUGUUUCCAGAAGACUCCUGGAUGAUCAGGAAGAGUUGGCAUACAUUCAGUUAAAGUGUCAGUAAUGUACAUGUAAGUGACUUGCUGCUGAUAAUAUUAUGUGUAAUUGUCUCUCUUCUUUGUCUCUUAGCUGUGUCUCUUGCAACUCCUCCACCCUGUUAUAUAGAGAUGGCUGUUCCAACUGAUGAAGGACCAGCCCUGAAAGGAACCCUCACGUCAUUACUGGUGCCUCAUCAAUCUGUGUUCCCAUUUGUGUGCGUCAGAGAACCAGAACACAAAUUCACCAAUGGAGGUAGCCCUUCCAAUUCUCCUGCCUCUAAAACCAGGAGAAUCGAUGAUCAUGGCCUCACAUCACCUGCUAUUGGCAUGAUGCUGAUGUUUACACAGCGAGCACAAAAGAAUUCUGACAGGUGUUUGGAUGUAGUUAAGUCUAGUUCUACAGACUGGGAGGAGGUGAAAGUUCCACAAGCCAUCUCUGAAGAAGAUGAAGUUUAUUUCAAGACUGCAAAUAUUGAUGGGCCACUAUUUGCAGUGAAGAGACUUUCACCCUGUCCUGGAGUUCGCAUUUUACUCUAUGUGAACAACAGUAUGGAUGAGAUGGAGAAAUUUUACACAUUAAUCACUGGUAAAACUCCACUUGCUUAUAACAAGAUUGAAGAAGGCUUGAGCUACCGUAAAUUUCCACUCUCUGACAAACUAGAACUUGAACUUGUUUUGCACCCGUCUCUCAAAUCACACACUGUGAAAAACACUGCUCUUUGUUUCAUGAUGAAUGGAGUGAACAAAAUGUGUUCUGAAAUUCCAGGUGGAGUUCGAAACAUUGGAGAAGGACAUUGGCAAGUCAAAGAUCCCCAGGGGAAUGCAGUUAUACUUUAUAGUUUGUUAAAAUAG